AUGCGUUUCGCUAACUUCCUCCUCGGAGCCAUUGCUGUGCUUCCUACAGCUGUCUUCGGUCAGCUUUCCGGCAAGGUCGGACCCUCCACCAGUGUUGCGACCAAGACUGCAAAGAAAACCUGCAAUGUGUUGAACUACGGCGCGAAGGCGGACAAGUCGACUGAUCUUGGACCUCCUCUUGCAUCUGCCUUUGCAGCAUGCAAGACGGGAGGCACCGUUGUAGUUCCAUCGGGCAAUUAUGCGAUGAAGACCUGGGUCACCUUUGAGGGAGGCAAGGCAUGGGCGCUUCAAUUAGACGGCGUCAUUUAUCGUACGGGUACCGCAGGAGGCAACAUGUUGUUCAUUCGCAAUACCAAUGAUUUUGAAAUGUUCAGCAGCAACGGCAAGGGCGCUAUACAAGGCAAUGGCUACGAGCUUCACGCUCAAGGCAGCCGGUCAGGAGCCCGUCUCUUGCGCGUGGAGAAGUCUCAGAAUUUCUCUGUCCACGACCUGAUUCUCGUGGAUGCGCCCGCCUUUCAUCUAGUCUUCUCGACUUGCACGAACGGCGAGGCCUACAACAUGGCCAUCCGCGGUGGAGAUUGGGGAGGUCUCGACGGCGUUGACAUCUGGGGCGAUAACAUCUGGAUUCACGACAUCAUGGUCACCAACAAGGACGAAUGUGUGACGGUCAAGAGCCCUUCCAAGAAUAUUCUCAUCGAGAACAUCUACUGCAACUGGAGCGGCGGAUGCGCCAUGGGUUCCCUGGGUGUUGACACAGCUAUCUCGAAAGUUCACUACAAGAACAUCUAUACCUGGAAGUCGAACCAGAUGAUGAUGAUCAAGUCAAACGGUGGGAGCGGAUAUGUUGAAGAUGUCACGUUCGAGAAUUUCAUCGGCCACGGGAACGCGUACUCCCUUGACAUCGAUCAAUACUGGUCAUCGAUGAGCAAGCUGGAAGGAAACGGUGUUCAACUUAGCAACAUGACAUUCAAGAACUGGAAGGGCGGCAUGGCGAACGGCGCCCAACGAGGACCCAUCAAGGUUGCAUGCGCAGACAGCGCGCCAUGCACUGACAUCAAGAUCACCGACCUCUCUAUGUGGACCGAAACCGGCUCUAAGCAGAUCUACUCGUGCCGUUCUGGCUAUGGCAGUGGCUUCUGCUUGAAAUCCGGCACCGGCAAAUCGUACGCUGCGACGACGAGCACACAGACAGCGGCACCCACUGGUCAUUCCGCAGCUUCCAUGAAAGAUGAUCUCAAGACCGCAUUUGGAACGACUGUCAGCAUUCCCAUCCCGACGUUGCCAGCUUCAUAUUACCCAGGCGUGGCUCCUCACAGCAAGAUCGCUGGGUCGUAG